AUGAUUUUGGUUCAGUGACAAGGGAACCAGCUAUUUGCAUGUCAUGAGGUCUAAGGGAAACAAACUGACCCUCAGCCUUCUUCUGCAGAGCCAAAAUCUGAUGGGACCCUCAAAUAGCUCUGGCACACUAUUCUGUUUAUUUUGGAUUUAAUGAAUGCUUAUUUCUGUGAAAGCUAAUCUAAUUAUUUUCUCCUUUUAUUUUGCUACACAAGUCAUAAGAAGCAGCAGCUUGAAACCAAAUCUGAAGAACCAAAACAUGGCCAGUAAUCACUGCCAUUACUGCAUGGAAUCCCUUCUUGGCAGGAGGUAUGCAUUUAGAGAAGAGAAUUCUUACUGUGUUACAUGUUAUGAUGGCCUAUUUGCUAACUCCUGUGAAGAAUGCAAGAAGCCCAUUGAAUGUGAUGCCAAGGAUCUCUCCUAUAAAGGCCGUCACUGGCAUGAAGCGUGCUUCAAGUGUGCCAAAUGCAAUCACUCUUUGGUGGAAAAGCCUUUUGCUGCCAAGGAUGAGCUCUUGUUGUGUACUCAGUGUUAUUCUAAUGAGUAUUCAUCAAAGUGCUUCCACUGUCAGAAGGCCAUUAUGCCUGGGUCUCGUAAAAUGGAAUUUAAAGGAAGUUGCUGGCAUGAAACCUGUUUUGUUUGUCAGUACUGCCGGCAACCAUUAGGAACAAACCCUUUGAUUACCAAAGACAAUGAGAAUUAUUGUGUGCCAUGUUUUGAGAAGCAGUUUGCUCACCACUGCUACUCCUGCAAGAAGAUGAUAACUACUGGUGGAGUGACGUACCACGACCAGCCAUGGCACAAAGAAUGCUUUCUGUGUGCUGGAUGUAAGAAGCAGCUGUCAGGGCAAAAGUUUAUUUCCAAAGAUGACCAUCCAUACUGCCUAGACUGCUUCAGAAAGCUUUAUGCAAAGAAGUGUGCAGCCUGCAACAAACCCAUUACUGCUCUUGGAGGUGCCAAGUUUAUCUCAUUUGAAGAGCGCCAGUGGCACAGUGACUGCUUUAAUUGUGUGAAAUGUUCCAUUUCGCUGGUGGGACAAGGAUUUCUCACCCAGCAAGAUGACAUCCUCUGUCGAGAAUGUGGUUCAGCUGCAUAGUUAGAGAGAGACGCGUUAUUCUCGCAUGCUGUAACCAAGUAUUUCCUUACCCUGCAGUCAGAAAUUCAUGUAAAGGCCAUAAGAGUUAUUUAGUCAUUCAAGUUGCUUUCCAACAGCAGUUCAGUUCUAGCACAGUGCUCAGCUGCUACAUGCAUGCCUUAUAUCUUAUAAAAAGAUUUUUACACAGUUCUGGUUAAGAAAACAUUUCCAAAGAAAUUUCUAUAUAUAUUUUAAUGGAAAUACAGUAUGUGUGUCCUUGUAAAACAGUGCACUCUGCUGUUGGGAGCUUUAGAAUUUUAUAUUAUCCAACAACAACUAUGAAAAAUCUGUAUUUGGAAGACAUAAUAGAUGACCUCAUUGAAGAAAACGUAUACCAAUACUCUACUGAUACAGACACUCAGGUGGAAAGUGGUGGUGGUGCAUUCCCCACUAGGCCACAAUAUUUAAUCUGAACAAUGUCCCUCUUCUCUCUGUGCCCCAAGGCUGCUGGGCAGACAAAGGAGGCUGCUGGCAAAGCAGUCAUUUCACUACGUGCAGAAGGUAGGGGGUUGUUGUACAGAAAGGAAAAAUUUCCACCACUCCAGAGGGGUGCUACUUCUCUGCCUUGUAAGACAGAAAGGAGUAGGAGAAAUGGAUGCCCACCAGCAGAGAGAGUCAAGAGUCCACUCAUGGCCAGGAGGGUGAGGUGAGGAGACAGAAGGCCAUUUCCUCCAUAAUUUACACCGCUGAAUACACUAUAGGGCAAUUAAAAAGCUGUAUAAUCUUUA